CUUGUUGCCAAAGGAAAAAAAGUUUGGAUUUGUGUGCAAACAGUUUACGCUCACGUCGUAUUAAACCAUCAGAAAAUAACUAUGUGGGUCCUUGGGAAGAUCAGGGAGAGCAUGGAGAGCAUUCCUCUAGAGCUGAGUCGUUACAUCGGGAAGAGUGAGGAGGACAUCUUUCUCUCCUCUAAGGCCAGUCUCUCUCACAAGUUGCACAACAACAUCCUCACCCCAGACAAGAUCCCAGAGUUCUGUUUGCCUCCACGGCUUUGCAAGAGAAGCCCGCUGCUGGAAGCUGAGACAACAACACCGAACUUGUACGGUCGGAACCGGAUACCCAACAGCAGCACUUCUUCAAGCACUACACGUGUAAAGACAAUAGAUGUGAAGACGAAGAAUGGUGAUGCAUCAGUGGCUUGUAAGGUUACAAAGAUACCUUUGCCGUUCUCUGCAGAGGGGUACGGCCUGACUGGGAUAUAUGAGAGCCCCAACACUCGAAGGAAAGAGUCUUUGUUCCACUCAAAGUGCCCGGUUUACAUGUUUGAUAGAAGCAUUCCUACUGCAGCAUGCAGGCUGGCAAAGGAGACAAACCCACCCAAGAAAACUUUAUCUAGAUAUCUCCCUCUGUUUUUGACCAAGAGUCUGUCAGAGACUGGAAGCACAGAAAGUGAAACACCAUCUUCCAGUGACUCUUCUCCAAUCAGUUCCCCUUAUAGCGCUAAAUCCUCCCUUUACAUCCCAUCAGGCAGUGGCCGUCUUAAGGGAGCAACAUCCUGUCCUUCGUUAACUGACAGCAUGGAGGACAGAGGGAGGUGGUCGAGGGGGGGAUUCAGUUCAACAACCUCUCCCAGUAGCCCUCCAAGCUUAGAGGGAAGCUCACUCACCUUAGCCCCACCUGUCCUCUUCCCCCUGGAUGUUCUGCAGUGUCAGGAGCGGUUUCCUCGUGAGCACGUCCUCCCGUUGCUGGGCCGUGGUAAAGUGCGCCUCUUCGCUGAGCACACCACAUUCUCCACCAACACAUUCUCAUCAUUUUCCACAGUCAGAGUCCGUGUGGUGUCUGUAGAGGGCCUGUGGAACAAUACUGAUCGACGAACCCUGAACUGUGCAGUGAAUCUGUGUCUGACCCCGGGGAAGCUGCAGCAACAGCAGAGCGCCACCAUCAGGAACUGCCGCAGCCCUGUGUUUAAUGAAGAUUUCUUCUUUACAGAGCUCAGUAGAGAGGAUCUGCUGGAACUGCAGCUCAGGAUAAAAGUGGUGGAUAAACCUGCAGCUGGAACAUUGAGAAGAGGGACAGUGAUUGGGGUGAUCACCAAACCACUGUCUCAGUUACUCCCUCUUAAAAAACAGGUAGAGGAAUAACUCAUUUUGUGGAAAGAGAGCCAGUAAUAUGGUACAGUUAUUACAAUAUGUACAAAAGAAAGGGAGGGGUGCAAUAAAUGAUUGUGUAUGGCACAUGUGCAUUUGGCAGCUGCUAUAUAAAGUUUUCCCACAUGGUAAGAAGCAACAAGGAACAGUAUUUCAAUAUAUGUACAAUAUAUACAACUGUAGUUAUUAUAUUAUAUUAUUAUACUAAUCAUUUAAUUGUAUUUUUAGUAUUCCAUCUUGAGUGUAUCAACCACCAACCACUGUGGUGUGAUUUGUUUCAUGUUUUUUCAGAUAAAACCAUACAGAUGUUAAAAGUUCUGGAUGUCAGAUUAUAGAUAUUUAGUUAUUUGGUCGCAACAAUGAAUAGAUAGAUGAUCCGGUGAGCUUUUACUAUGUUUUUUGGAUCAGAAAUGUUUUGUGAGUGUAAUAGCAAACAAAAAACAAUGAACUGAAAAAAAAAAUUAAAUUGAAAGACUAGUUUACUACCUGACAUACCGCAGUAUGUUAGUCCCUGGGUGAAAACAAUCUUAAAUCCUUCUACUUCCACCUAAGAAAUAUUACCUAAAAUAAAUAAUCUUUGAGUUUUCCCGACUUAGAAAGGCUUAUACAUGGCUUUGUCUUCUUGUGCCUGGACUACUGGGCAUGCACUGUUUACAUGCCUUAUUAAAUCUUCAGUGGCUCUGCUUCAGCUUGUGCAGAAUGCCGCAGCUCGAAUUUUAACAAACAGCAAUCGCAGGUCACAUAUAACUCCAAUUCUUGCCUCCUUCACUGGUUACCAGUUAUGUUCAAGAUGAUUUUAAGAUUGUUUUAAUAACUUUUAAGGCCCCUUCAAGCGUUUGCCAUAAGGGCCCCCAGGCUCUAGAAAUCUGAAUAUAUCUUUACAGGAAAGCCUUUUGUGAUGUCUGAUUUGUAAAUCUUGAAGUUGUUGUUGUGCUGUGUUCUUUUAUUCACAUAUUUUAACUGUGUUUUGUAUGGUUACUUAUAUUUUUCUCAUGUGUUUAGCACUUUGUAACCUAGUUUAGAAAAGUGCUAUACAAAUACAGUUCUUAUUAUUAAAAGCAAUAAAACGAUGA